AUAUCAUUUCAAUAGGGCCAUUCAUUAGCUAAAAAAAAUAACUAAGGACUUGGCUGUGUAGCAUCAUGCCUUUGCCUUUUCCUGAUAAAGGAAAUAAUCGAACAAAAAAAGCUGUCAGUGUCAAAAAGUCAAAACAAACAAGUUGUUUUUUGAGACGCAGACCAAAUUUUAUUGUAAAGAUGGCAGCGGCAACAUUGGUGUCAAAGAAAGCUGUUAAAAAGGGAAAAAUUAAGAAGACACUUAAAAAUGUGUUGUGCCGUCCUGACCCCGUAUUUUGGCCACUCAUAUCCGAUGAACAGAAAAAAAUUCUAGAGGUAAUUAUGAACAAUCAUAAAAUAGAUAUACCAAAAUGGAAUAAACCACUCUGGAAAGACAUAAAAGUGAUUCCGAAGGACGAAAGACCAAAGCCACCUAAAACACAAAAGCCAGACGGGCUCCUAUUUGGAAUAUCUGAAUGUACCAAUGCCAUUCACAACCACAAUUGUGCAGCCAUCUUGGUAGACUCUGCAGUCAACCCUCGUACCAUAGUUCAGCCUGUAAUAGAAACUUGUACGAAUGCUAACAUACCAGUCAUCUGCAUCAAUGAUUUGAAGGCCUUAUGUACCUGCAAUUUUGGUAUACCAACUAGUUGUUUAGGAAUCAAAAACAACUGUCUGCCUGAUCUCAACAAAAAAGUAUUAGAAAUUGCAAUUUCUUUCAAAUUACCUGAACAAAUUAAAAGUAAUGAACCAGUGGAAUCUAUGGAUACUAGCAAUGCCCAAGAGAAAAAAACAGCUGACACACCAACACAAUGUCCAUACUUGUAUAGAAAUAAUAAGAAAACAAGAGUGUUUAUACCAUCAGAAGGAAUUGUUACCAAAAAUGUUAAAGAUUUCAGUGGUCAAGACUUUAUUGAAUUUGCAGCAAAGAUGGAAACACAAAAUAAGGACCGGAAGUCAUAUAUGAACAUGGUUUUGAAGAAAUUGACAAACAAUCCUAACAGGGUUCAAGUGAAACAAAAAGAUGUUAAAUGAGAGACGCUUUAUUGUAUAAUGUAACAUUACUAUAAUGUCAAAAAAAGACAUGUAUUUUUUAUGUUAAGCAUUCCUAAAGGAAUGUAAGUUUGCCAGUACACAAAAAUAACUAGGGUCUUGAAUAUAAUUUUUCAUAAGUGUGCCCCUGCAUUUCUGUAUACUGUAACCAAACUUUACCAAUUUUACCCAUUCUACAAUCUACAAUACAAUACAUGAUGUAUUGGUAAAAUUUGAUUUACAUAUUAAUUAAUUAAGCUAAACAAUAAAUCAUGAUAUACUCCAUAAAGCACUAACAAGACAUUUUAUGGAGUAUAACCUGGGAGUAGAUAUAUUUAUCUUACAUUUCAAUCGAUGCAUUGCAUUUAUAGUUUUUAUACAGUUCAAUUUAAUAAAAAUCAAACAAUAAGUUGUGUUCAAUGUUACACCUAUAUGAUAAUGACUAUUAGUCCAUGAUAUCUGGCCUUUUUACACCUAAAACAUACUAAACAGGUAUGACCAAGUCUCCUAACAAUUUGAACAUGGUGUCAAAGUAUGAACAUUAUAGACUGUGUAGACUUACUUCUAAUUGUGGCCAUAACCAUAAAGUGCACUUUAGAUGUUAAAUAUACUUCCAGAAAGAAGUACAAGGUAUUUACAUGAAAAUGUUAAGAGUUAAAUUUUAUAUAAGAAGAGUACAUACAAAUGAAAAAGUAAA